UUUCACAAACUUCCAGUGGAGAACAUCAUGUUCUACUAGUGGAAUCAGACUAAAGGUCUAAGAUCUAAGUUUUGGAUCUCGUUUAUGUUCUGCAGAUGUUUAGGUUCUGUUGAUCUUCUUGUGUUGAAUCUCCUCCAACGUUUCCUUCAGGAUCAGUGAACGAUGAGCUGGUGAACGAACCCAAACCACAAUGAGAGAAAACACCAUGAUCUACAGAGCGCUCAUCCUGUCUUUUCUCUGGACAGGAUGCUGCACAGCUCUGAUCACUGUACAGUGCAAUUCAACUCAACUCAACGGAUCACCAUGCAGCCUGAACAUAGAAACCAACAUCAUCAAUUCCACCACCAAUUCCACCACCAUAGAUGCUAUCCCCAUCAAUUCCACCACUAAUUCCACCACCAUAGAUGCUAUCCCCAUCAAUUCCACCACCAAUUCCACCACCAUAGAUGCUAUCCCCAUCAAUUCCACCACUAAUUCCACUCAGGUUUCUUGCAGUAGUGGCAAUGUAACAUCUGAUGGACUAUGGGGUGUAAAUUCGUCUGCAGGUCUGGCUUUCAUGACUGAAGCUUUGGGCUCUCUGAGUUCAGAAAAUCUGAAGAAUGUGGAGUUCAUUCAGACAUGGGUGUGCGCUUGGCUCCUCCCACUCCUGCCAAUCAUUGAUGACAACUUCAUGUCAGAAAUGAACAAGAAGAAUUUCAGCUGUGAGAGUUACCAGGAAAUUGUCAAAUUUCUAACCCAGCAGACCAAUAUAACGGACAUGGAGCAGCAAAUAUCAAUCUACACACAUUUCAUUUUCCCUUUCCUCAACCGAAGCUCAGGGUGUGUCUCUGGAAACAAAUCUUUUAAAAACUGGCUGAGAGACAAUUUGGGCAGUUUCUCAGGUUUUGCAUCUUGGGAGGACAUCAUAACUCUUAAUGGAAAUGUCUCAGUGGUGGCAGUCAUCGACUCCCUUUCUCCAGAACAGAAAGCACAACUGAUACUGGACCCAUCUGGUGGGGCUCUAGAGAAUGAGACAUUGGUGAAGGAAGUGAUGAUCGGAAUGCUGUCAUCUUCGGCAGAGGAGCAGCUGAAUGUGUUCUUUGAGAUGUUUGUCAACAUCACCGAAGAGAAACAAAUCGACUUCAUUGAAAACGAAGCUGUGAGAGACACGAUCCUGAACCUGACUUUGACUGCUCUGGCUCCCGAAUUUGACGUCUUCCAGCCAAGUCAGUUUAAGUUGUGGUUCCAAGAGUAUCUCGUAGUUCUUCUGGCCAGUUUCCAACCCAGCUGGCUUGACCUGAUCCCCAGAAACCUCAGCUGUGAUUCCUAUAAGGCAAUUUUGAGGGGCAUGGACAUGAGUCUGGCAGUUCUUCCACUUGACCUGGAAGAGGGACUCAGAUUGAGCAGAGAAUUACUGAGCCUAACUUUGCCACAAGAUUGCACGGCUCCCUUCCCCGUAGGAGUGGAUGAAGCUCUGUCCUCCAGUGACCUUGUCACAGUGCUGACAUGUCAGCUCGCCAGCAAAUUGGACUACAACACGACAGUUUGGAAGCUUUUCUUCCAAAAGUUUGAAGCAUCUCUGGAUGAAGCCCUAGACACUUUCUCCGAAAUGACUCUGAACAUCAGUCUGUCUCAACCGUAUGUUCUUGAUGCCGUCGGUGAGGUAAAACUCAACAACUUCAGUGAGGCACAGCUUACGGAUGCUGCCUUCAUCAACAAGUGGUUCCAGAUUAGGCUCAGACCAUUUUUGUCAACAGUGUCCACAAACUUCCUCUCCUGUCUCAGUUCUAAGAACUUCAGCUGUCGGUCCUACCAAGUUGUGGUGAAGGCAUUUAGCGGGCAAGAUCAACUCAUGAAAGAGCAUCAGAAAUGGGCCGUCUUUAAUUAUUUCAUCUAUCCCUUCCUCUCAAGAGAUGACCUUUCAGAUCCUGGGUGUGUUUCCAGUGCUUCUGACAGCAAAGACUGGUUACAAAAGAACUUUGGAGAGUUCCUCAACUAUGCCACCUUGACAGAGCUCACAGAUCUAUAUGCAAAUUUGUCCACCUUCGAAUCUUUGGAUCUGCUGACCCCUAGCCAAGCAGCUGAACUCACUCUGACUUCUGGAGCACUGAACAGCACAAGUCAAAUCGACCAAGUGUUCAACCGACUAGACAAUGGCGAUGCUUUCGGGAACCUGGAUGAGUUUCUCACAGCCCUCACUGAUCGUAAGGUCGACCAAAUAAUUCCUGCUGUGAGAGAUGUGAUGAUGAAUCGAACCUUCCAGAUCAUCAGCACAGAAUUCCCAGAGUUUGAGACCUCUGACUGGAUAGACUGGUUUGAUGUCAAGCUAGUCCCUAUCCUUCCCAGUUUCACUGCUGAGAUGCUAGCAGUGGCCAUCAACCACACCAACUGCACCAACUACCGAGUAAUUGUUUCAGGAAUGAGCCACGUCUUCUUUGAAAUGACUGCCAGCAGGAGGGAGGAAAUAACAGAGGUUUUAGUCAGUUUCCUGAAGGAUUCUGCUGCAGAGGUCAACACACCAGUUUGCAGCAAGGAUAUCCACGGUGAUGCAGAAUGGCUGAAAACCAACUUGGGUCAGUUCUGGAAAAUGGCAAACUACUCCGACCUCAAAGACCUGAACAUCUCUGGGGUGGCAGUCAUCGACUCCCUUUCUCCAGAACAGAAAGCACAACUGAUACUGGACCCAUCUGGUGGGGCUCUAGAGAAUGAGACAUUGGUGAAGGAAGUGAUGAUCGGAAUGCUGUCAUCUUCGGCAGAGGAGCAGCUGAAUGUGUUCUUUGAGAUGUUUGUCAACAUCACAGAAGAGAAACAAAUCGACUUCAUUGAAAACGAAGCUGUGAGAGACACGAUCCUGAACCUGACUUUGACUGCUCUGGCUCCCGAAUUUGACGUCUUCCAGCCAAGUCAGUUUAAGUUGUGGUUCCAAGAGUAUCUCGUAGUUCUUCUGGCCAGUUUCCAACCCAGCUGGCUUAACCUGAUCCCCAGAAACCUCAGCUGUGAUUCCUAUAAGGCAAUUUUGAGGGGCAUGGACAUGAGUCUGGCAGUUCUUCCACUUGACCUGGAAGAGGGACUCAGAUUGAGCAGAGAAUUACUGAGCCUAACUUUGCCACAAGAUUGCACGGCUCCCUUCCCCGUAGGAGUGGAUGAAGCUCUGUCCUCCAGUGACCUUGUCACAGUGCUGACAUGUCAGCUCGCCAGCAAAUUGGACUACAACACGACAGUUUGGAAGCUUUUCUUCCAAAAGUUUGAAGCAUCUCUGGAUGAAGCCCUAGACACUUUCUCCGAAAUGACUCUGAACAUCAGUCUGUCUCAACCGUAUGUUCUUGAUGCCGUCGGUGAGGUAAAACUCAACAACUUCAGUGAGGCACAGCUUACGGAUGCUGCCUUCAUCAACAAGUGGUUCCAGAUUAGGCUCAGACCAUUUUUGUCAACAGUGUCCACAAACUUCCUCUCCUGUCUCAGUUCUAAGAACUUCAGCUGUCGGUCCUACCAAGUUGUGUAA